CUCAGUCGUACACAAGGCUCCCAACCUACACAAUGUCAUCGUAUUGGCUUUGCUUCCCCGAUUUCGAACACGAUCCAUUCGUUCCGCUCCGGCAGGAAUUCGAACGUCUGGCACGCGAGGAGGGUUGGGGCAAAAAGAGUCGCAUGUUCAAAGAUCAAUGGGGGCUCUGCGGGAUCCAGGAGUUCGGGUAUCAGUUUGGGAAGGAUGAGAACCGGUUGGCGGGGUGGCAGGCUUUGUGCGCGACCGUCGGUGUCAAAAAGACGCCAGAUUCAAUCGCGAAAUGCAAAACUAUUAUGAGAAACACUUGGGUCAACAUCUACGACCUCCUGGAUGCUAAGCGUACGGGGAAAACUGUGCUCAAGCAUCCCUCGAAGGAUGCGCUUCGCAGCUAUUCGAUCAACUCAAAACCGCCGAAGAUAUUCUCCAAGGCACAGGCGAAGAAGAACCGGUUUCUCAAAAUUUUGCUAAUCGAGAUGUUCAUGGCGAACUAUUAGGGAUUCCUCAAAGCUUGAUAAUUUGAAUCUUUACCCUGAAAUGCAUUA